UUUUCGUAACAACGAUCACACUCGUUUGUGUAUUGCGAAGACGGGCGGACGUACGUCAGGUCGGCGUCGAAAGCGGAAAAAGCGAUAAAGAGAAAAAGCGAAAAAGUGCGAAUAUACAAAAUUAAAGAGAGCCAAAGGCAGCAACAACUUGUUUUUUUUUCUAUCCAACCGUCGUGUCGUGGCGAGACAACAACAAAAAGGAAUAUAAUUAACCAAAAAAUAAGAGAGAGCGAGAGAAAAGCAGCAACUAAACCUAAUAACAAAUGCAUAAAAUAGUUUUGUUUUUUUUGCACACUGCAAAAAUGCAGUCAGCGUUUGUUUGUCCCCUGAAAUGAACCCAAAUCAACUGUGAAAAACGAUACCCUGGAAAUAAGCAAGGAUAUACAAAAGAGGAUAAAUAGAGAGAGACCUAGAGCGAAAGCAUUCAAGGGAAAGAGAGAAGAGGAGCGAUGGCCAGCGAGGAUGUGCAAAUCACGAGCGUCAUCGAUGCCAAUGGCCAGAUUCUACCGCUCCACGGCACCAGCUUGGGUGGCCCACUUGGCCCGCCCGUCAAACAGGAGCGUCCCGAUGACGCCGAAAUCCGUGAACUGGCCGCCAAGAUGAAGGAGCAACAGAAGCAACAUGCCGCCCAGCAGGCAUCCCGUCAGGUCAUGCAACACUCGAAUGGAGGCGGCAAUACUCCUGCCACAGCCGGUGGCAACAUGCAACCGCCGAUAACAAAUGGUAAUGGCCAGACGAACAUCAUGAGCUACCUAUCCCGUCAUCAAAAACUACCCAAUGGCACUAUGCAGGUGGUGCCCGCCUUGGCCUCCAAUGGUAGAUCAAAUGGAGCCAUCAGCGAUUCCGGUUCGGACAAGAAGUCCUCUUCGGGACCCUGUGACGAGGAGUCAAUCAAUGGACACUUUGGUUGGGCCCAGUUCGGCAAGGUGUCCAUACCCUACAUCUUCCGGCAGUCGGAGAAAUACUGCUCCGUUCGGAUGAUAGAGCUCAAACUGCUGGGAAAAUACCUCAACUGCCUGCAUCCGGAUAUCUACUCCAGUUGCACCUGCGUGCGCAGCUACUAUAUCACCGAUGCCGAGGCGCGCCUCUUUAUCGAGAUCAAUCACAAGCACUGCGACGGGGAGUUCGGCCGUGAUAUCUUCAACCAAAAGGAUCUGGUGGUGCGACUAAGUGACGCCUCCAAGUUCUAUCAGUUCCUGGACAUUUGCUAUAGAAAACUGGUAUCGGGUAGCAAAACGCCAUCGGAGAAGUGCGGCUUCAUUCGCAUCAACAAGGAGUCUGUGGUGCCGUACACUGUGCGAAAUAACCAACAGGUUGUGCCGCUCUUCUACUUCGAAGGCGAGACGGAGAAUCUGAAGACCAAGGCGGAGAUGCUCAAUGGCUGGGAUCUGGCUUACCUGAAGUUCUGCUGCAAGGUCCAGGGCAUCCGCAACGAGCUUUUCUCCAGCGAAAGUGUGGCGGUGAUAUCGCUCACGGACAUCAAGAGCUACUUCCCCAAUGGCACCGAAUUCGAGGAUUACUGGCCCAGCAAGGUGGUGGACUCCAAUCUGCUGAUGGGCAAUCGGGCGAAUGUCAACAAUUCGGUCAAUUGGACCCGUCAACCCUCGGCGCCCCCGCCGAAAGUAACGACAACUGGCACUGGAUCUUCCGGAUCUUCAUCCUCCACUGGUGGCGGUGGCGGAGGUAGUGGCAGUGGCAUGGGCCAAAACUCAUCCGCAUCCUCGAACUCGGCGGGCGGCGGAGGCGGCGGCGGCCAACAGGUGACCUCGAAAGCACAACAACAACAUGCCUCGGCGGCGGCGGCAGCUGCUACAGCGCAGCAACAGCAUCUAAUGAAACAACGCGCCGCCGCAGCAGCAGCAGCCGCCGGCGCCAAUGGGGUGGCGAAUGCGGCCAACAGUUUUGGGGCGGCAGCGGCGGUGGCGGCCUUCAACUCCCAAACGGCGGCAGCGGCGGCGAUGCUCCAGCAGUCGCAGGGCAACAACAGGAUGCUCUCGCAGGCCACCGUCCAGGCGCUGGCCAGCAGCGGUUGGAUGUCCGGCCAGAGCAAUCUGCAGCUCCACGCCCAGAUGAUGCAGGCCCAGCAAACGCAUGCGAACGCGAAUCGCGUGGGCAGCUACCGGGACCACAUGAACAGCUUGAUGAUGGGCGGCAGCAGCCGGCAGCCGUAUUCCUACAACAAUCCCGCGAUCUCCAUGUCCUCGGUGAACAGCCACAGCGGGGGUGGCGGCAAUGCCCCACCUCCCCUCGUCCGCUCGGCGGCAGGUCAAAAUGCCAACCACAUGUCGAAUGUCGAGCAGUCACUGGUGCAACAACAACAGCAACAGACACAACAACAACCGCAACAACAACAACGACACCAGAACAGCACAUUUAACAACAACAACAACAACAACAGCAACCGUGCACCACAGCAACACUCUUCACCAAACAACCAGAACAAUAGUAGCCACCACCACCAUCAUCAUCAUCAACAACAUGCCUUAGCCAAAAGUCUCAGCAGCAACUUGCACAGCAGCAGCAACAUGAGCAGCAACAACAUGAACAGCAGCAACAUGAGAAAUAACAACAACAGCAGCAACAGCAGUAGCAGCAACAUGAAUGGCACCAAUAGCAGUAAUAGCAACAACUCCAAUUCGGCGGCUGCUGUGGCCGCUGCUGCCGCUGGAUAUGUGCAAGCUCUUUUAGGGGGCGGCGGCGGUACUGGGGGCGUGGCUGGUGGCGCUGGCGCCAACAGCAAUGCCUUCAACUACAACCUGCCUUCGACACGAGCGGAUUAUACGAAUCUAGCACUGUGGAAUCAACUAACGCCCGCCCAACGUUUGCUCUUUAGUCAGCAGCUAAAAGGUGCUAAUCCAGGUGGUUCGGUUGCUGGUCUUCCCAGCAAUACUGCAUCCAGUCAUCCAGCGGGAAAGCAGAACUUUCCCGCACUACCCUCCCUGCCAUUGGAUACGGAUCUGAUAACCAUGCUGGACUACAAUAAUCCCAAUAAGGCAAAUAAAAAUCUAAAAUCUGGAGGUGUUACAUUCACCAAACCGAUUGUGCCACCAUUGAUACCAGAUGGUUCGGCAGCCGAAAUAAGUCUGACCAAGAGCAGAAGGGGAGGCGAGGGCGGAGGCGGAGGAGGAGGAGUGCCACCGACGACCGGAAGUGGCACUACCAUACCGCUUAACUCCACACAAGCUCUCGAGGAUUUUGAAAAGAAGUGCACCGUAAUGUCGGACGAAAUGCGGGCUGUUAUACAAAAGGUUCUGGCCAAUCCGGAUCUCUCCACAUUUAUACAGACGAAUUCCAGUGGCAAUAAUGGUGCAAAUCAAAAUCAUUUGGUGCCAUCGUAUAUAUCGCCGCCCAUGUCGCCAUCGGUGGGUGGUCUAAAUAUGGGCAUGGCCCUGGGAAAUGUGGCCACCCUGACAUUGGCAUCCAAUCCGAAUGUGACGAUAACGCCACAGUUGCCGGGACACUUUCUGCAUUCGCCGUCCAGUUCGUGUUCCAGUUCGAGUGCCUCGAAUACGGCGGCAUCACCAUUGAGCAGUGGCGGCGGGGCAAAUGGGGCAAGUGGGGCGGGGGCGGGUGGAGCAAGUGGGGCAACAUCUGGUGGGGCAACUGGUGGUCGGCAGAAGAGCGUGAUUUGUUCGACCAAAAGCAAUAACCUACCAAUGGCCAUACUUACGCUAGCUAGCAAUAAUUCAGGAGGGGUUAGUUCAAAUUCGGGGGGACGACGGAAUAAUAAUAAUAACAAUAAUAGUAAUAUUAUAAAUAACACUAAUAAUAACAAUAGUAAUUAUGGGCGUCAGACACACAGCCAAAAUAGUAGUAACCACAGCAAUACACAAACCACACAACAACAACAACUACAACAACCACCAACAACACCCACUGACGUAAUCGAUCUGUCCUCCUCCCGAAGGUCACUUGCUGCAUCGGCGGCCUAUUUGCAGCAACAUUCAUCGGCGGUCGCCCAACAACAGCAACAAGUGGCUGCCGCAGCGGUGGCCCAGCAUCAACGUUUGGCCGCCGCCGCCGCCCAUCAUGCCCAGCAUGCCCAGCAAAAUGGACGCAGUUCGUCCAAUUCUGGAAACUCGGGCAAUUCGGCGAAUUCUUCGGGAAACAACAAUGGUACCAGUAACUCGGGCUCCGCCGGAAACGGAUCAACCGGCAAUGGCAGUGCCUCAUCCAAUAGCGCAUCCAUGCACCUGCAACGGCAUGCGGCACUCGCACAUGCCGCUGCGGCGGACAGUGCCCAGCGGUUGUGCGUCAUACCCGAAAUACCCACAAACAACAUGAACCUGAAUCCCUACAAGGUGCAAAAGGUGUGCGUCGACAAGCAUCUGGUGCCCUGCAUCAACAUGAAGGCCUACAACGAUUCCGAGCAGCUGAUGACCCUCAUCGAGUUCCAGAAGAACUUCUUCCCCUCGGUGCCACUGGAUCACUGCAAGCGAUUGAUUGAGGCACUCGGCGUCGAGCUCUACAAGGCGAAUCGGCGACAGGUGCAGAUCCUGAUGGACUACGACCGCAGCUACAACGAGAACAUGCCGCUGGUGCAGGUGCGCGACAUCAUCAAGUACAUGACGCAGCUGACCUUUAUGACGCGCCAGCCGGAGCAGCCGCCGGCCAAAAGGACGCGCACGAGCUAGGAAUUAAGUUGGGGAGCACAACAUUUGCCACCAUCAACAACAAACACAACAACAAUAACAGCAGUAGCAGCCACAACAACAAGCACACCGACAACAACACCAUUAAGCACAACAGCCACAACAAGCAACAACACCACAGCAACAGUUCACACAAGAUCAACAGCAAUAACAGCAACAUCAUCAGCAGCAGCGGCAACAUCAGCAACUUCGGUGGCAGCCCAUUCGAUGAGAAGGAGGGCAUUCACACCGCCAGCAAAUGUGAGCGGCGGUGAAGUGGUGACCAGACGGAGGGCUCUGGCACCACCGCCAGCUCCACCAGUUCCUGCCACACCUCCUGGUACACCUGCAACAUCAUCGGCAACACCUGCACACACCACCAGCAACACAUACGAAAUGUUGUACUCCCACAACCCACACCCGCUCCACCAAGCAGCCCAGCACCACCAUCCGCAGAGCCACCAUUCGCAGCACGAGCAGCAGCGUCUGCUGAAGAAGCGGCAACAUGCCGAGCAGACCGCUGCCAAAAAUCCACGAACGGCUGCGGCAGCUGCUCAGAAAAUGGCCGAGGCCGAGCAUGCCUACUUGUCCAAUUUGUAUGGCAAGGCAGCGGCCAGCAUGUUGAGUCCACCUCUGAGCAAUGUGCUGCCCGACUGGGAGCAGCAGAGGCAGCGAAGGACACAGGCGGCGGCAGUAGCAGCAGCAGCAGCAGCAGCAGCAGCAGCAGCAGCGGCGCCACCAGCACCAGCGCCACCGCCCCACCACUUGCAGCAACAGCAGCAGCAACAUCAUCAGCAGCAGCCGCAGCAGCAGAAACAGGCGACGGUGGCGCCACCCCAGCGUCACAUAAUGCAUCGCAGGCAUAGUGUUUGUGCCGCAGGACUGGCCAGCCUGUCGCCCGCCUCCUCGACGCACUCCUCAUCGACGGCCUCGCCCACAACGGCGGCGGCUGCUGCCUUGGCCGCCGCCUCCUAUUAUGGCAGUGCAGCGGCAGCGGCGGCGGCGGCAUUUACGGCACCAUAUCAGCAUCAUCAUCAUCAUCAUGCAGCAGCGGCGGCUGCAGCGGCCCACCAUCAUGCGGCAGCAGCAGCAGCGGCAGCGGCCGCAGCAGCGGCGGCCCAUCACACACACGGCCAGCCGUCGCCGACCAUUUAUCCACCCACUCCGCCGCCAUCGGCACCCUGGGUGCAUCCCUGGUAUGCCGGCGAUGCGGCCUUUUGAGCGAGAGAUCCCAGAUCCUAGAACGAUCAGAUCCCAAGGGGCAACCAACUCAAGCCCCACAUUGUACAUUCGAGUUUCUAGUUAAGCUAUUUAUUAAAACGACAAAAAGAAAAAAACAAAAUUGAAAAACAUAGAGAGAGAUUGAGGAAGCCCCCAAACAUUUUUUUUUGCGCGCGUGUCUGGAGGAGAUGAUUAGUUUGUAAGUAGGCUAAAUAAAAAAAUUUCUGGACAUUAUAUGUCAACUAACCAAUAGUCGAGGGAAACCUUUUCGAUGAUAUAUGGAUUACUAGAGCUGCUGGAAUUUCGUUUGGUCAAACAACAACAGCAAACAUAAAACAAACAUUUUCAAAUGAGAACUCAAAGAACUGAUUACAUUUUAUUAUCAAAAAACCUAAAAACACACACAGAGAGAACAAUUCUUUUUCGUUUUUAUUCUCGUUCGGAUUUCUAUAUUUUCGUGGUUUUCAAGCCUUUUUCUAGCAAUAUUAAAAAAAAACAUUAACAGAUAUACAUGUUAUAUGCUAUACAUAUGUAAUAUAUAAGUAAUGAGCCAAUAAACUCGUCAUAUUGUAAGCAAGAAAUUAAAUUUCUUGCGUUCCAAAACUAUGCAAAAAAAAAACUACCAACUACCAUUAAAAACUAAAAGCAAAGAACUAAACGAAAGCAACUAUUCAAGAAGUGAGUCAAACAAUUUUGUAAGCUAGAAGAAGAGAUCCGUAGAUCGUGAGAAAUUCCAUUUAAUAUUCAUUAUCGUCUCAUCAUUGUCAAACAUUAUCAUGAAAAGUGUCCCAUUCGAACAGCAAAGCAUAAAUCCUAGACAACUGUAUAAUUGAAGAAUUUCCAAAUCUUACAAAUAACAUAAAAAGCUACAACUAAAAAAGCAAAAAAAAAACGAAACAAAAUGAUAAGCUGAGGAAGAAACACACAAAAACAACAAAAAACCAUAAAACUAUGUUAAAAACAUACAAAAAAGGAUUAUAUUAAUAUAAAUACAAAAAGGAAAAGAAAUCAUUAUGUUAUAUACAGUGUAUGUAUAUCGAAAUAUAUAUGUAUGUGUAUGAAAUACUUGAAUAUCCGUUUUAUGGAUUUAAGCAAACAUUUUUUUAUAUAUUCAUAGUUUUUUUUUUUUUUUGUAUUGGGAAACAAUAUUUAUUUAAUUUUAUGUUGCUUAUGUUGCACUACAAAUUACAAAUUUCUUUUCCUUCGCUCAUACCACUCAUUGUAAUUCAUUAUAGUUUAGUGCUGUUAUUAAAUUAGCAUGGGCAAUUGUUUAAAGGAAUUUAUAAUAUAAUACAAACACACACACACACACACACAGAGACACAGACAGACAGAGAGAAAACUAAGUAAAAUUACAAUUAUUAUCUUUAUUAUUGUUAGGUUUAAAAGCCGCAAAGUAUUUAUCAAUGUGUGUUUUCAUUUUUGACAGUGCAGCAAGAAACUAAAAGCAUAACGGAAAAUAAAGAAAUGAAGCAAAACUAAACAAAAUCAA